AUGCGAGAUAUGGCUCCAGAUCUCGACUCUUUCAAGCUCUCCACAACAAGAAAUUUAGAACAACAGGCAAAACAAAUCGACGAAACCCUACACCAGAUCAAGAUUCUUCUGGAUUCGAAGACUAACAGCUGUGGCAGUAAGGACAACCAUACUAUUGCGUCCCCACCGAUGUCCUCUUCUGUCAAUUCAUUGACCAACAUCGCUGUGGCAGCCAUUGCAGUUGGAACUAUGAUCUGGAUUUACACUAGGAUCAACUAG